AUGCCCUCAAAAGAGAAAAAAACUGCAGGAACGGAGGAAACUGAAGAGGUGGAUUGCGACGUGGAGGAAAAGGAGCCAAAACCGAAAGGGAAGAGCAAGUCUGACGCCAGCGGAGACACCAAGCCAGACGGAGCGAAGAAGAGGAAGAAACACAAGAGCCCAGAGGAGUCUGACGAGGAACCAGAGAAAGAGAGGAAGAAUAAAGGGGAACGCCACAAUAAGGUGAAAGAGAAAAAAGAAAAGAAGAAAAAGAAAGCAGAAGAUGAUGCAGAGAAGAGGGAGGGGGAUGAAGUGAUUGAAAAUGAGGAAGAGGGAGAUGACGAGCAGAACAACAAUGACACCAUCGAAACCAAACCCAAGAAGAAGAAAUCCGAAGAAGAGGACAUGACUGAGGGAGAAGUUAAGGAGGAAAAGAAGAAGAAAAAGAAGUCGUCUUCUGAGGGAGACCAACAGGCAGAGGAGGAGAUGGGGUCCAAAGGCAGGAAGUCCACAGAUGGAGGGAAGAAGAAGAAGAAAGCUCAGGAUGAGGAGCCCCUCUUGGAAGAUCAGGAGGGAGAAGAAGAAGACUCCAAGAAGAAAAAGAAGAAGAAGCCGAAGAAGGGAUCGGCCGACAGCGAUGAGGACAAGAAAGACAAGAAAGGGAAGAAAGGGAAGAAGCCCAAGGCCAAGCAGGUGGAUUACGCUGAGAUCUACUACAAUGAGCUAAUGACCUACCAAACAGACUCCUCCGAUGGCUAUGAGGAAGAGUACCACAAAAAGAAAGUGUAUGAGGUGGUGACUGUCACAGGUGAUGUGAGAGGGGCAGGCACAGACGCCAAUGUGUUUGUCACUCUUUUUGGAGACUUUGGCAUCACUCCCAAAGUGCACCUGGCCAGCAAAAGCCGAACGGCAUUUGAGAAAAAUAAGACGGACGUGUUCCGGAUUAAAACACACAAUGUUGGGCCCUUGAAGAAGCUGAGGAUUGAACAUGACAACACAGGUGGCUUGAACGCCAGCUGGUUCCUGGACCGGGUCGUGGUGACCGACAUGAACCGUCCACACUUGCGGUUCUACUUCGCCUGCAACAACUGGCUGAGCCGUGAGGAGGGGGAUGGCCUGUAUGUCAGAGAUCUGCUGGGCAGCCUCAACCCCAUGGAUGUCCCGAAACUGAAUAAGUACAUAGUGAGUGUGUUCACUUCUGCUGAGAAGGGCAGCGGGACUGAUGCUGACGUCUUCCUGAAUAUCUUUGGAGAGCAUGGCGAUACAGGGGAGAGACGGCUGGACAGUGACAAAGAUAAUUUUGAGCGAGGCACGGAGGACAAGUUUACUAUUGAAUCACCAAACCUGGGAAGGCUAAAGAAAAUCACCAUUGGCCAUAACAACAGGGGCUCAUCAGCUGGAUGGUGUCUGGAUAAGGUGGUCAUUGAUGACAUGGGGAACAAGGAGGUGUAUGAGUUUCCAGUGAAUCGCUGGUUCGCCAUGGACGAAGAAGAUGGAAAGAUACAGAGAGAUGUGUUGGUGGGAGCAACACAGCCCAUGGCGGUGGUGUACAACGUCCAGGUGAUGACGGGCAACGUGAGAGGUGGUGGCACCAACUCUAAGAUCCACAUCAUCAUGCAUGGCACCAAGGGCCUGAAGAACAGUGGCAAGGUGUUCCUGGAGGGUGGAGCAUUUGAGCGGGGGCUCAUCGAUAUCUUCAACGUGGAGAUUGCUGCACUGCUCAGCCCACUCAGUAGGGUCACCAUCGGACAUGACAACGGAGCAGUUGGGGCCGGCUGGUACUGCGAAAAGGUGACAGUGUACUGCCCAUUCACAGGGAUUGAGCAGACGUUUCCCUGUUGCAAGUGGCUGGAUGAGGACGAGGGGGACGGACUGAUUGAGAGGGAGCUGUACGAGAUGGUGUCCCUCAGGCAGAAGAAACUUAAGAAGUACCCGUGGUCACUGUGGAUCUGGACAUCGGACGUGAAGGGGGCAGGGACGGACGCCCAGGUCUUCCUACAGAUCUACGGUGAGAAGGGCAAGUCAGAUGAGAUGAGACUGGAGAGCAACUCAGACAGCUUUGAGCAGGCUCAGCUGGAUAAGUUCAUGAUUGAAAUGCCAGACAUUGGAAAACUGACGAAGGCCCGUAUCUGGCACGAAAAGAGACAUCCUUUCGCAGGCUGGCAUUUCGCUAGGGCCACGGUGAUGAAGACUCUGACAAGGGAGAAAUACUCGUUUAACUGUGGCCGCUGGCUGGACAUCAACGAGGACGAUAAUGAGAUCAUCAGAGAGCUGCCCGCCACCGGAGCUCUCAUCCCAGAGCCGUUACUACUGCUGAAGUAUCGCAUCACCAUCUGUACUGGGAAAGUGAGUGGAGGUGGCACUGAUGCCAGCGUAUUCCUUAAUGUGAUCGGGGACCUGGGAGACACAGGGGAUCGACUCAUGUUCCUCAGCAAAAACAACGUCAACAAGUUUGAAAAGGGCAACGCCGAUGAGUUUCUGACCGAGGCGGUGUCGUUGGGGCAGGUGCGCAGGGUGCGUAUCGGCCAUGAUGGGAGGGGUGGAGGCUGUGGUUGGUUCCUGGAUAAGGUGUUGGUCAGGGAGGAGGGCCAACCAGAGUCUGCGGCCAUAGAGUUCCCCUGUAACAGGUGGUUGGACCGGAAUGAGGACGAUGGACAGAUCGUUCGUGAGUUAGUGCCAGCAGGAGAUGGUCUGCGUCUCCACAAUGUCAACUACCAUAUCUCGGUGAAGACAGGCAACAUCAACGGGGCCAGCUCGGACUCCAAGGUGUUUGUUAAGUUGUACGGAGAGAAGGGCGACACCACGAGGAUACUCCUGGUGGUCUCGGACAACGACCUGAGUAACUACUAUGAGACGGGCCAAACUGAUAUCUUCACAGUCGAGACCUAUGACAUCGGACAAAUCCACCGUCUUCUGAUAGGCCACACUAACGAGGGUCUGCGUGCUGGUUGGUUCCUGGACAGUGUCCGGAUCAUUGUUCCGGUCCAUGGGAAGCAGUACCAGUUCCCCAGCCAUCGCUGGCUGUGUAAGGAUGAGGCUGACGGCAAGGUGGAGGUGGAGAUCUAUCCCAGCGAGACCCUGGACAUCGAGAAACUGAUUAACUACGAGGUCACAGUGGUCACGGGGAACAUGCGCAAUGGCGGCACCAACGCCAAUGUGUUCUGCCAGAUCUACGGAGAGGAGGGCAAGACCGAGCUCAUCAGCCUCAAGAGCCGCUCCAACAACUUUGAGCGCGGGACCACAGAGAUCUAUAAGAUCGAGGCGCUGAACGUGGGCAAAUUAUUCAAAAUCCGCAUCGGGCACGAUGGUUGGGGCGUGGGCGACGGAUGGUUCCUUGAGACGGUGGACAUCAAGCGGCUCACUAUGGCCAUGGUACAGAGGGAAGUGGUGAAGGAGAAACCAAAGGAUGACAAGAAGGACAAGAAGAAGAAUAAAAAGAAGAAGAAAGAAGAGGAUGAGGAGGAGGAGUACGUGACGGAGCUCCAGGAGGUGACAGAGAGCGUGACGUUCCCCUGUCAUCGCUGGCUGGCCCGCGACGAGGAGGACGGGGAGAUCGUGGUGGAGCUCCUACCCGAGGACCCCGGAGACCUGGAGGAGAACUCCUAUGAGGUCCAUGUGUUUACUGGCCCCAUGUGGGGAGCCGGAACCGAUGCCAACGUUUACAUCAACAUCUACGGAGAGAUCGGUGACACGGGCGAGCGGAAACUAAGAAAGUCCAACAACCUCAACAAAUUUGAGAAGGGGCAGGAGGACGUGUUCUCCAUGCAGGCCAUCGAUCUGGGCAUUCUGAAGAAGCUGAGGAUUCGUCACGACAACAGCCAGCCUCAUGCUGCCUGGUUCCUGGACAGGGUGGAGAUAGUAGACAACAAAGACGACACCACGUACUACUUCCCAUGUAAACGGUGGCUGGCCAUUGAUGAAGAUGAUGGACAGAUUGCCAGGGAGCUGGUCCCUGUGGACGAAGCCUUUAUGAAGAAGGGUGAGGAUGAUGAUGAUGAUGAUGACGAGGAAAACUCCAGUGCAACACUCGGACUGGAACAGAAGGCCAUGUCCACCACCUUCACAAUGAGGGUAAAGACUGGAGACAAGAAGUAUGCGGGCACUGAUGCCAACGUGUUCGCCAUCCUGUACGGCAUGAAGGAUGAUACAGGCAUCAUAAUGCUGAAAGCAUCCAAGUUACAUAAGAAUAAGUUUGAGCAGGCCAUGAUCGAUGAGUUUACAGUGGAAGCUGUGGAUAUUGGAACACUGAAGAAAAUACGCAUAGGGCAUGACAACUCAGGGGCAGCAUCAGGCUGGUUCCUGGACUGGGUAGAGGUGGAUGCCCCCUCCCUGGGCCAGAAGCUGAGGUUCCCCUGUGGUCGCUGGCUGGAUAAGGGAGAGGACGACGGGGCCAUCGUCAGGGACCUCUUCCCUGCAGACCUCCAGACUGAGCUCUACACACCAUUUGUGCCCUAUGAGAUCAAGACGUUCACCAGUGACCUGUUUGCAGCGGGUACAGACGCAGAUGUGUUCAUCGUGCUCUACGGCCGAGACGGGGUGUGCACCCAGCAGAGGUCUCUCUGUGUCAACAAGAGGGAGAGGACCAUGUACUUUGAGAGGGGAGCUGAGGACAUGUUCAUCGUUGAGUUGGAGGACGUGGGUGAUGUCAUAGAGAAGAUCCGUAUUGGUCAUGACAACAGAGGGCUAAACGGAGGCUGGCACCUGGACAGAGUGGAGAUCAGACGACUGCUGAGGAAGGGGAAGGGGUCGGAGACUAUUAUCUUCCCAUGUGAGCGCUGGCUGGCCAAGUCAGAGGAUGAUGGAGAAACAGUGAGAGAGUUAGUACCUUCUGACAUCAUAACGGAGAAACUACUACGAGAUGGUACCCUGAAAGUCAGCGAGGUUGAGGUGGAAGAUGCACUGGAGACUCACACUUACAAAGUGUCUGUGAUGACGGGCGAUGUUUACGACGCAGGCACCGAUGCCAACGUCUUCCUGACCAUCUACGGAGACCUGGGAGACACUGGCGAGCGCAAACUCAGCAAGUCUGAGACCAACGGCAACAAGUUUGAGAGAGGAGCGGUGGAUAAGUUCACCAUUGAGGCGGUGGACCUGGGUCAGGUGUUUAGAAUGAAGAUUCGCCAUGACAACAGCAUGAUGAGUGCUGAUUGGUACCUGGACCAGGUGGAGGUGGUUGACGAGGAUACGGAGGAGGUCUUCCUGUUCCUGUGUGAGCGCUGGCUGUCCAGAAAGAGAGAGGACAGACGCAUCGAAAGGAUGUUCUAUGUCAAGGUACUGUUACAGAGGCCUUUCGGCCUUGGGUUACGAGGGGGAGAGGGAGACUAUCCAGGGCAGUAA